AUGCACUUUGCUCCUUAUAAUUACAAUCGGUUUUUAGUUGGAAUAUCUCAGGAAGCGUACAGAAAUGGUGUGAUUAAAUGUAGUAUGAUAAAAAGCAAUAAAUUUAAUAAUGAGCAUCCACGAACAAGUAAUCCUAGGUUCGUUCCAGGAACAAAAAGUAUUGUUUUCAAAAAUGGGAUUAUUUUAAACGGAAAAGGAGAAACGAUUUUAGGUGAUCUUAUCUUAAAAAAUGGAUUGAUUCAUGCUAUCGGACAGAACCUUUCAAGUGAAGAUGAUGCUAUCGUAAUUGAUGUUAAAAAAAAAUAUAUUACUCCCGGACUCGUUGAUAUGCACAGCCAUGCUACUAUCUCGUCUUGGCCAUUUUUAAUUGGUAGCGAUGAUGGUAAUAAAGAAACUUAUCCGCUUACACCUUACGUUCGUGCGCUGGAUGCUAUCAACCCAAAUGGUCCAGAAAUUCGAAUAAUUGCAUCGGGUGGCGUUACAACUUCAUUAAUUUUGACUGGUAGCUUGAGUUUGAUGAGUGGUGAAGGUUUCGUUAUCAAGAUGCGACCAGUUGAUACCUCUUCAGUGGAUGAUAUGAGAAUUGAUGCAAAAAUUGAUACAAAGAAGGAAAAAGCCUGGCGUUGGUUAAAAAUGGCUUGUGGUGAAAAUCCAAAGGCUCAACAUGGUCCUCGUAAGGAGGCCCCUACAACACGGCUCGGGGAAGCAUGGCUAUUCCGUAAACUCUUUUUUAAGGCACAAGCAUUGAAACAGAAGCAAGAUGAUUGGUGUAAAGCUGCAACAAAAUUAAGUAACAAUGAACAAUUGAACUCAUAUUUUCCGGAGGACCUUCAACUCGAGAGUUUGGUGUCAUUAUUAAGAGGGGAUGUGAAACUAAAUAUUCAUUGUCUUGAGCCUUUCGACAUAGAAACAAUGAUUCGACUUUCCUUGGAAUUUAAUUUUACUAUUGAAGCCAUACAUCAUGCAUCAAGUUCUUAUAUGAUUACUGAUAUUAUUAAAAAACGAGCAAAAAAUAAUAUUACUGUUGUAUUAUUUCCUGAUCUUUGGGGGCAUAAAAAAGAAUUACUUCAAGCUAGUACAAAAGCUCCUAAAAUUUUUGCAAAUGCACAAAUUCCUGUAGCAUUGAAGUCCGAUCAUCCUAUAACAAAUGCGCAACAUUUGGCAUAUCAAGCUGCUAAAGCUUAUCAUUAUGGCCUUGAUGAACAUCAUUCUCUUGCGGCCAUCACAUCGGUGCCUGCAAAAGCACUGGGUCUGGAUCAUCGAAUUGGUCAAAUUUCUUUAGGAUAUGAUGCUGAUGUUGUGGUUUGGGAUUCUUAUCCCCUUUCACUGGGUGCGACUCCAUUAGAAGUAUAUAUUGAUGGAAUUCCUCAAUUCAACACUUCUUUAAGUGUGCUGAGCAAUGAAACAUCAAAACAAACUCCAUUAUAUAAUACAAAUGUGUCUGUGCCAAAAUCUGAUCUUGCCAGAAAACCUGCUAAAUCACGAACAACUUCCUCAAUUAUACUAAAAAAUAUUGACAAAAUUUAUGUUGACAAAAACCACACACUUUCAUCAAUAGAAGGGAUAAUUAAUAUCAUAGUUAAAGAUGGCAUUAUUGAAUGUAUUGGCAUUAAUUGUAUAAUUCCAAGUAAUAUUUCAUCAUAUGAAAUAAUAGAUUUAAAGGGUGGCUAUGUAUUACCA